AUGCCUACAGGCAGGCUUGAGAAAUGGCAAAUAUUGCUCACAGAGUUUGACAUUAUCUAUAUAACGCGGACCGCAAUGAAAGCUCAAGCAUUGGCAGAUCAUUUGGCAGAGAACCCUAUUGAUGAAGAAUAUGAACCACUUAAAACCUAUUUUCCAGAUGAAGAGAUAUGUUGUAUCAAUGAAGAUAUUCACGAUAACAAUCAAGGUUGGAAGUUAUUCUUUGAUGGUGCCUCUAACAGGAAAGGAGUUGGAAUAGGAGCUGCUCUUAUGUCUAAAUCAGGGAAGUAUUACCCUAUAUCAGCCCAACUUAGAUUCUAUUGUACUAAUAAUAUGUCUGAGUAUGAAGCGUUCAUUUUGGGUCUAAGGUUAGCUGUUGACAUGGGUAUCCAAGAAUUGGUAGUGUUAGGAGACUCAGACUUACUAGUUUAUCAAAUUCAAGGAGAAUGGGAAACUCGAGACCCAAAGCUCAUACCAUAUCAACAUUGUUUACAAGGUCUUUGUCAACAAUUCGUGUCGAUAAAGUUUAGACACAUUCCCAGAGUACACAAUGAGAUUGCAGAUGCAUUGUCCACUUUAUAUUUGAUGCUCCAACACCCUGAUGGCGCUCAUAUCGACCCUUUAUACAUACAAAUUUGUGAUCAACAUGCUUAUUGCAACAUGAUUGAGGAGGAAUUUGAUGGUAAGCCUUGGUUUCAUGAUAUCAAAACAUAUCAUCAGUCUGGAGAAUGUUCGUCGGAUGUAACCAGUAAUCAAAAAAGGACUAUUCGACGACUAGCAAGGGGUUUUUUCUUAAGCGGAGGCAUAUUGUACAAGAAGGCACCCGAUUUAGGUCUUCUAAGGUGUGUAAAUGCUCAAGACGCUUCCACAAUCAUGAUUGAAGUACACUCAGGAGUUUGUGGACCUCAUAUGAAUGGAUAUGUUCUAGUCAAGAAGAUACUUCGAGCAGGAUAUUAUUGGCUCACCAUGGAGCGGGAUUCCAUACGAUUUGUUCGUAAAUGUCAUGAAUGUCAAAUACAUGGUGAUUUGAUACAUUCUCCCCCUUCUGAGUUGCAUACAAUGUCUGCUCCAUGGCCUUUCGUGGCAUGGGAAAUGGAUGUGAUUGGACCGAUAGAACCAAAAGCAUCGAAUGGUCACAGGUUCAUCUCGGUGGCCAUUGAUUAUUUUACAAAAUGGGUGGAACCAGUAACUUUCAAGUCAGUGACCAAGAAGGUCGUGGUGGAUUUCAUCCAUUUCAACAUCAUCUGUCGGUUUGGUACUCCAAAGGUGAUUAUAACUGACAACGCCGCAAAUCUCAACAUCCACUUAAUGCAAGAGGAUGCUACUGAUUUAAGAUUGAGCAUCGAAAUUCAACUCCGUAUUGCCCAAAGGCAAACGGGGCUGUAG